UCCAUGAGGAGACGGCGGCUUCACUCCGGUGACUGGAAUGCUGUGUGUCACCGUGAUGGAGCGGGGAUGUGGGGGUUUCAGGUGGAGUCUCAGCCGAGUUGUAUAACAACAGCCAAGCUCACAGAUGUGGGAGGAGCCUGUGGGAUAUAUAAGCAGACGCUCCUGGCUGCAGCUGAACACAAAGCACCUGUUGCUGCUGCUGCACAGAGUUCAGACGCUAAACCUGCCCACCGACCUGAACGUGUCUCCUGACUGCCGCUGCUUUCAUCCAACGCCACAAAGAACCACAAUGAACCGCUUCAGGAGCAAGAUGCUGGGUUUAUUCAUUAUCUGCAUGUCUCUACAAGAUGGCUGUGGACUCCCUUUAUCAGACCAGCAGGAAGCGAUCGUCUCAGAGCCACAUCAGCGCCACAUCAGGACCAAGCGCUGCUCCUGUAGCAACUGGGAAGACAGAGAGUGCAUCUACUUCUGCCACCUGGACAUCAUCUGGGUCAACACACCGAGCAAACUCCUUCCUUAUGGCCUGGGAAGUUCUGCGUCUCGCCGUCGCCGGUCAGCCAGCCGAUGUGAAUGCAGCGAUCCUGCAGAUAAAACCUGCCAUGGCUUUUGCCAUAAAAGUCCUGAAGACGGCAGAACGGAGGCCUUGCAAAAAGUUACCAGCAUAAACAGCCACAGAUUUCUUACAGCUUUAAGAUCUGUGGUCAAGCUCAACAUGGCAAUCGCAAAAGGUAUUCAGUCAUCAAACUCUUCAGGAGCCAAGAAAACCAAAACAAGAAGGUAAAGGAGAGAAGAUCCAAACAACGCUCUGACUUAAUGGAUCCUACCUCCCAGUGGGGUACCAGUGAGCCUCUGAGACUCCUCCAAACUCCUACUGACUCCGGAGCUCAAAAGGAUUCCCCAUCAUGUGGAAACAAGAGUGGAGACAUGAAAGAGGAAGGAGGAAAAUGAAGACGUGUUUCAAACUUUGGGAGACUCCUUAGUUCUAAAUGAUGAACCCUAAAUGGAGGAACAAGUGUAUGUCGUCUUUUUCUCCUCCAUGGAGAAUAAUGGGCCAAAUCACAGUUCAUAUGUAACAAUUAGUCUCCCUCAGUCAAAGUCAAAUAUUCAAGAAAGGUCAAAAGUACCAACAGGGACUGGGAAUUUGGGCUCAAUGGACGAAACACCAACAUUGGUUCUCUGAGAAGACCUUGAAAUUGAGAACUGUGUCAUUUAUAUCCU